AUGAAGAGGAUGACACAGAAGCUGAAGAGGGGCAAAUUGUCAGUGAAGAAAGAUGCUCCUUUCAAGAAACCUUCGUCUUCUUUGUACAAGGCACGAGCCGCUACGGUUCUCAAGAAGGCGUUCGAGCUCUCGGAGUUAUGCGAUGUCGAUGUGUGUAUCAUAUGGUACGACCGUGAAGGAAACCUAGUUAAAACUUGGCCUGAGAACGAAGAAAACAAAGUUAGAGCCAUGGCGGAGAGAUACAACAUGUUAAGCGAACAAGAAAGAAACAAGAAAAGCACCAAUCUCUUAGGGUUUCUAAACAAGAAGAUGAUCCACGACAAGAAAGAGUCUCUUAAAGCGAACGAUGGCAAAUUCUUGGAGACGGCGUUAGGGCUUGAGGAUUCUUUGCAGACUCGUUUACGGGAAAUCAAAGAUUGUCUUCAAAGAUUUGAUCUUGAUCAACCCCUGCAGGAUCUACAUUCUGAUCCAUCGCUAAUUAAUGUGGAUCAUCAUCAUCAUGAUCAACCGUCAUCAUCACCAUUGAAUUAUCCGGAGAGUAGUUUUGUUGAUGUAUCCACCAGUACCACAACCACGUCGUUGAGCAAAUUCUCAUUCUUGUAUAACCAUGAGAAUGGUAUGUUCACUCAGUUACCCAACUCCUCAUCUGCUCUGAUUCCUAGCUUUCAGAAUCAAGAUUAUGGUACUAGUAAUUACAUGGAUUUAUUGCUUGGGGAACAAGACUGCAACAACUGGGAUCUUUUUCCUCCUCUGAUGCAAACACAAACCCUAAAUUUCGAGCAGAUUAUGCAGACACAACCAUCUUUUGGAAUGAUGCUCUCUUAA